CAAAAGUGUGCACAAUUGUUUUCCUCAAUAGGAAAAUAGACUCUUCUGUAUUGAUGAUACUGUUAGCCAAAUAUUAAAACCUUUUAGACAUUAUUUAUGCCAAAUGAAACUACUAUAUAAGGUUUCAAGAUUUUGGCUUAGUGUACUCCUUAAUGUGUCUUGGGUGUACUCCCUGCUUUUGGUUAUUUUCGUCAAGUUUACAGUCUUAGCCUAGUCUUGUGUCUUGUUUUCAUAAUAGCUCUCGCGGAUUCUCGCGAGACUGAAGCCGUGAAACUUAUCGAUUGUUUACCCAUCACUGGGGACGCCACCGGUAACUAUUCUGACCACAACAAAGCAUUCGGCAUGUGAACAAACACGCCCGCCUUUUGGAUGCAUCGGUUACUCAUGCAAACAGUUCACCAGAAUGUUCCUGUGAUAGUUUAGCUGAAGACAGAUCAAGAACCAUGUCUGGAUUUAAUGUAUCAGCGCGAAAAGAGGACAUGUCCAUGAGAUUGCGAGCACAAAAUUUGAGGAAUGCUCGCGAUCAGACCAAACGAUUGGAGGACGACAACCGCAAGAUGGAGGACCGGCUCAGGGAGCUGAAGACAGCUAUGACGAGGGAGAAAGAGGAAAGAGAACGUCAAGGCGGUGGGUUCUGGGGUCGAGGGCAGACAAACACAGGCUCGCUCACAAACUACGCCACUGAGGUGCUUCACAACAAGGCAGAGAAACCGCCCAAGGAAGGGAAAAAGAAGAAAGUGAAAGUGUUACAAGAUCAGCCCAUUGAAGUGCCAAAGAGAAGCAGCCAACCAGGCACAAUGAAGUACAUAGCCCAGAGAAAACUGACCUCUGGCUCCACGCCGCGGGACAAGCUGAAAGGCCCCCGGUGUGGCCAAUGUGAGGACAGGACGGCCACGCUGAGCUGCAUGCAGUGUUCAGAGAUCUACUGCCCCGGCUGUUUCGCCGCCUUCCACCUCAAGGGUGCUCUCAAACAGCACAGGAGUGUGCCCAUCAGUGCGUCGGGGCCCAGAGUGUGCAUGUCUCCGAGUCCGUCCAGUGCUGCCCCUUCUCCCAGAGGCGGCCAAGCCAGUGGUGCUAUUGUGAGUCACACGAUGUCCAGUGAUAACGGUUCAGAAGCGUCGGGCCCCUCCCCAUCCCACUCGUCUCCGAGAGAUUCCGUCAACUCGCUUCUUCAGGGGAAUUACGAUGAGUCUCAGAGCGCUGCCUCCUUCCAGGCGGCACUCAUGGCGUGGAGGCAGGGGGAAGAACCCUCGGAUAGUUCUCCCGAACAGAGAAGCCCUCGCAAACCAAUUGCUUCCCCUAUCAAAUCUCCAGUGGUGGCAGUAGAUGAAUCCACGGGCACCGUAGAGGAGAGCAAAGCCCUGGAGAUCAAGUUCACUCACACGCUGUCGUACGCCGAACGCCUCAUGCUGAAAAAGCAUCGGAGAACCGAACUGGCCGAGAUGCAUACCCCCCGACUGGAGGGUCAAGGUCAAGCGGGCAUGCCAGAGUUGUCCCUGCGGAGUGACCGCCAUGAGAGGAAGUUGUCGGGGAGAGCAUCGGGCCGGCCCGGUUCCUCGGGCCUUUUUGCGACUGGCCGCUCGGUGAAUGCUGGGAGAUCUGAAAAAGACAUGACUGUCAGUCGCCAGGAUACAAUGAUAGAUGACGAGGAGAGAGUGGACUUUCACGCUUUGUUUGACGCCGUCGUCGCGUCCGAGUCGCCGGACCAGAAAGCCAGGACAAUCUCAUCUCAGUCGUGCGUCUCUGUCACAGAGAUGCCCUCAGACACGGUGACUACGUCAGACGUACCCAGAUUGAAACCGUCAGCCACAUACGUCGUGGAGGAGGUGUCUCCCUUUGAGUCAUGGAGGACUCAGCACAAGAACAAAAUGGGACCAGCUUCUUCGUCAACGUUUGUGAUAGACGGGCCGCAGAAAUCCCGAAGCGACGACGCGUCACAGAGGAAAAAAAUCAACACCAUCACCGAACUCUACACGGUGGACGAUGAUGUAGUCGACGGCUCCGCUACCCCUUCCAGACCAACGCACAGCCCAGUCAGCGGAUCUGACGGCCGUCACUCAAACUUUUCCCACCCUGAGCCGGACAGCGAUUUUAGCAUAGGCUCGCGCCACGUCCAAAAUAAAAGUCAAGCGGAGCAGAGAAAAGAUCCUAGUCUGGGACAGGAAACCGUCGACGUGUUCGGCGAGAAUGAGAAGCCACUCAAGACACCGAGGGCAAAGUCUGCGAAAUCACGUCCGACCUCGUCUUUGAGCCGGGCCAACAAGUCAAGGCCAGGGUCAAGGGCACAGAGCCGAGCUGGAUCAAGGAUGGAAGUGGAAGGACUCCUCACAAAGACCCCGAGCGAAGCCCUGAAGAGGAUCGUCCAGAUGGAGCCUGCCGCAGAGUACAGCUACAGGUCGCCCAUGGAGGAUUUCUUCUUAGUGGGCGUGGAAGGGGAGCAACCCAAGCCUGUGGAGAACCGCGUCCUCACCCCGUCCAAUGCUCGCAAACCCACGUCCCGCCCAGUUAGUAGGGCCGGGGCAAAAAGUGCCACGUUGGAAAAAGCCACCGUCAAAGUCAGCUACAAGUUGUACCAAAUGGCCCCGAGAAGUUGGAGACCUGACAGCAGCCUGGGGGAGACUGUGCCCGUGGACCAGGUGAGACUGGAUGCUCCGGAGGAUGAGGAGAUAACUCUGUCCUACUCCUACAGCCGCCAGCUCGACGGUCAUGCUGUGGACGUGCGCACCGAUUCUAGUCUCAGCAGAGUUGAUAUGCCGUCUGAUGACCUUGGCCUUAACGCUGUUGGUGUUUUCGGCGACGAACUCUUCACUGACCUGGCAGCCGGCACCCCUACUCCGAGGGCCGUGUCAGCCUUAAGGUCAAGGCUGAGCAUGGACCGGGGUGAUUCGGCAACUCCUGUAGCUCGGGACAGUCCCGUACCCUCGUCGCGUCUUUCGGCGCGGCAGAAGAGCUUGGCUCGACGCAGCAAGGAUACGGCCACCCCGACCAACCAAUCGGUGUUCCCCGAGGAGCGAGUCCCGACGCCUCCCAGCUCUAGUCACGGUGCCAGAAUCGGGUCAGCAACGCCUGUGCGAGACCGCCUGCGUCGGAAAAGUGACAUGAGAAGAAACAAUGAGAGCACCGAUGAGGGGAGGGACUCUGUGACCCCAACACCCGUCGCUACACGUGAAGGUCACCGCAUUCUCCCUUCUCGACCGGGGUCUCAGCAUUUUAGAAAAGAAAAAUUCGGAAAUCUUACCGACUCUGCCAGCCAUAGAGAACACAGUCAAAUUCAGGCGGAUUCAGGGAGCUCACGGCAUAGCCCGCGAGGCGCAAAAUCAAAUGUUGGCCGUGAGCUCAGUGGUUUGUCUCGACAGGGAACAGCAGAUUCAUUCAAAAGCUCUCAGCAGCGUCCUGUUUCUCGCCACACCUCGGAUGUUUCAGUGACGCGGCGGCCAAUCAGCUCCACCCACUUCCCCUCGUCUGCUCAGGCCCGAACGUCUCAGCAACAGUCACAAGACCAGCGGCCCAACAGCUCGACAGGUGGUGCCGAUCAGCUGAGAAGGACACAGCCCACUGCCUUGUCGUACAGUCGCGAUGAUCACCCAGACACCGUCGUCGCUGACCUCAUGAUGUCCCGCGUCCGAGAGGACAACUGGAUGAGCGGCUCGGAUGAUGGAUCAGAACUGGACAACAAGCUGCAGGAUAGCUCGAGUUACGCUGACAACGACAUCAAAGCGCAACCGUCCUCCUCGUCUAGUUUACAGAGGAAGCUUCAGUCUCCGGCCAUUUCUGGUACAAAAGAGAGACAGCACUGGAAGGUUGACAGCAGCCACUGGGAGACGGAGGUCCGGCCGUUCAGCGGGGUCAGCAUGGACUCUAGGACCGGGGGGUCACCUUCCCCGUCCAGGGUCAACUCAGCGCGAGAGGUCAAAGGUCACGACCGGUCCAUGUCGAGCUUGAGUCGAGCUAGCGGGAGGGAGUCGCGGGCUGUUGUGAUGGAAGGCGAGGACCUGAGUUGCUAUGACGACAUGGGGGUCAAGGACGAGCAGAACAUGGAGGACAAACAGGCGCUGGACCAGCUGGAGUGGGAACUGGCGUCUGACACGGGGCGCCUCACGGCCGAUGGCCAGGUCUCUCGGAUGAGCGUGUUGGACAACGAUGAUGAUGUGGUGAGCAGCUCUUCCUCAAGGUCAAGCACAAGGUCACUCCAAAUGGGCAUGGACAAGGAGCUCGAUAUCUCCGCCAAGAUCCAGGAAGACGAAAAGCUGGCUCAAGCGGACGUUGAUGACAAGGAAGCUGUUCAUGAUCAGAUGGUUGAUGAGGAUGAUGUGAGAGCUCUCAGAUGAACGGAGAGACACGUGUUCUGACGUGGUGGAAUCUGGCGCUCAUCAGCUCGUCGAUUUUGGGGCAUGUGGAGUUUUUUUUAUAUCGUCUUAAAGCUUGUUCAUUUGUCUUGCUUUUGAUGAAAAAGUACCCACCUGCUUUGAAUAAAAUCAAGAUGUAUUUGUAAUUGAAGGAGGUGGGUAUGCCUUGUGUUGGAGGUAUAGUUAUCUAUAAAAUGUCCGUCAAAGUUUGGUGACUUCCAAAGCUUGAAAAUCCUUGGAAAAUGCAAAUUUAUAUUUCUUGUGCCUUUGAUCUGAGUUUUACAGUAAAAUCCACACAGAAAUGUGUUUUUAAAUGAGCAGUUAAGGUAUUGAGCCCCCGAAAAAUGACAAAAAUUACCCAAGUGUUGGGAAAAUAUCGGUUUCUUCAAUUUCAUUAUUUUGACGAGCGCUCGAUUUCAUCAUAAUACUCCACAUGCUCGUCACCUUUGGAGAAUAAAUAUGUCGGCCUUUGUGCUAACUUGUGAAAGAGAUGCAUCUGAUGUAGCAAAAACUAGCCACUCGGAGUACGAAUUGAUUCUUUCACCAUGCUGUUGUGACUGUACAUAUUUUACUUCUGAAAUCUCCAUUGUCCCUUCCUCCGUACUGGUGUUGUCGUUCACUGGCUUGUGUGUUCUCUGCCUUCAAAGUCAGCUGUAUGUGUUUCCUUUCUGAUUGUGUCGCUGUUUCCUUUUCAUUGCUUUUCCUGUCUCAGUCACCCAAACACUGGUUAAUGGACACCUUCAUAUAUACAUACAUAUGUGUGUAAACUUUCUCACACUUAAACACACUCACAUAUACUUCCACUCACAUAUAUAUAUAUAUAUAUACACAUGUGAGCGCACCUUCUCACACUUGCACACAUUCAUAUAGACACACUCUCACAUAUACACAUACACAUGUAUGCACACUUUCUCACACUCUCAUUCAUCGUCACCGUCGCAAGCAAUCCACUUGAAUUCAAAUUUUAAGAAUUUCUUAUUUUUGCACCCUCCAAAAGCUCUGUCAAAGAUGCACCUUUCAACAUCACCAAAAUGCAGGUAAAUGCUAUGGUCAAGGCAUACAAUUUCUUUGCUUUUCCUGAUUCCUGAUAGGGACAGCACGACAAAAACUUGAUUUUUGUCUGUGGUGUAAAAAGUACCCAAAUGGACUUACGUGGAUUCCUUGCAACACCGAUGUCUCUUGCACUCACACAGAUACUUUUGUCUUACGCACACGCACACGCACACACACACUCACACUCACACACACACACACACACACACACACACACACACACACACACACACACACACACACACACACACACACACCCUCACACACGCAUACACACAUGCUCUGAGAUACUAUUCCUCUAGUCUGCUCCUGGUGAUAUAUAGCCAUCUCUGUGCUGACUCACCAAAAACUGUGACUUUUUCUGGCGUGUUGCUCGUUGCCCCACACCGUGUCUUGGCUUGCCCAGAUUUUGCCAGUUUUCCAACGACUUUGUGUCCUCAUUUAUUGUCUUAGCUCACAAGCUCUCGGUGUACCCGGCGUAUUUGAUAUUUAAUGAAGCGACUUUUCCCUUUUUCAAUAUCAAGAUGGAGGCUGUGAUAUUAUUUACCAAAGUUACGUCACGAUUUAAGCUGCGACGUUAACUCUCCGAUGACUUGAGAUUCUGAAAAAGGUUUUGUUAUACAUAUAUCGUCAACAUCCACCUUUAAUAAUAAAUCCAUCAAAUUAGGUCAGACACUUUUUUUGUCGGGAAUCAUGGUAUUCGCAACCAUAUUUACAAUUGGUGGUACUAUAAUAUGUAAACUGAACUCUCGAAACAAAAUAAAUAAAUUUUGUCUAUUCGGGAAGUUAAUGAAAAAGAAAUUGCAUUCCCCCCCCCCCCCCCCGAAACUGAUUGACCUAGUUUGAUGGGUGGAGUUGGACACAAACGAUAAAUGUAUAAAUAAUACAUGUGUGUAUGUUAUAUACUAUAAAUGCUGAUGUCAAUGCAAGGCUCUACAAUUUUGUUUGUAACGAGUGCAUUCUUUGUCCAUAUUUAUCCCCAACAGCAAAUAGUAUGUCUUCACUUUGAAACUCAUCAACAUAAUAUUUUUUGGAAAAGUAUUCAUGGAAGGCAAGAAUAGAAUGAGAAAGAGAAAGAAUGGGAAAGAAUAUUUAAGUGAUUUUCCCUGUCGAUCCCCGGUACAAUAGAUGUAAGUUGAUAUAGUAUCUGGUGUGGUCUGCUCUUUUCACUUCUUUUACAAAGUGUCGCUAUUGCACUUGUCUUUAUCAACUUUGUAUCAAAGUGUGACUGUUAGCCUAUUUUGAUUGUGUCAGGUUAUAAUUAUAACUGCUCAGUUCAGCAAACAUUCAUCUGAGAGGGUAAUCACUGCAGAGCAGAUAUUGUUGGUAUAUUUUUUCCACAGGUCAGAUUCGAGCCAGAAACUUUGCAGCAAAAUGAGACGACUGAGAAAUGUUUGUGGCUACAAGUGUAUGUCUGUUUUAUUAAUGAGUGCUUAGUAAUACUUUGAUUCAAGAGCCAUAACUACAAGUAAAUAAAAACAAGAAGGCUAUUGGUGUAUGAAUGAUUCACUGCGAGCAGCAGAGGGGUUGCUUCCCUUGUUGCUUGGGCUUCUGGUUUUUUAUCUCCCCCCCCCCCCCCCCUCCUCCCCGUCUGUCUUGCAUUAGCUUAUUUUUUAGAUAGAAAGUUGGACUGUGCGAGACUGAUGAUGUAUACGAGAGUUAUCUGUUGUGUGGGAGAAGUUUUGCAUUUAAUAGUGUUUUAGCCACAAAGAAUGUCUGUAUAAAUGUUUACUUUUCAUAACAUCCUUUCCAUUUGUGAGUUUUUUUAAAUAGAUUUUUUUAUCUUUAAGUUUGUGAGAGUAGUUUUUACAAUUUCCCAUUUUUUUCCUAUGUCUAUCAUUUUUGAAAACCAUCAUGUUCUUUUUUUCUCAGCAUUAAAUGACAUUGAUCUUUUCUGUAUUUGUGUGUUUUUCAUUGAUUGAAAGAAUAUACCAUGAUUACCAUUGCUCUAUGUACUUCUUGCCUAUCUAGAUGUCUCUCUGUUGUAUCUGUCUGUUGUAUCUAUUGGAAUUCUGUUCCCCAUCACAGAGUUACUGAUGCCUGUUGGUUUUGACUUUUUUUGUACCGGUACUCAACAAACCGACUCUGAUUAGGGGGGGGGG